AUGGAUAUGGAGGCACACACGCUCGCAGACUCACUCAAGCUCUUGCCAACAUUUUCGCCGAAGCUUGCUAAGCACACUGCAUCAGCGAAGAUCGAGGCCAUAACGAGUGAGGAAACCAACGAUGACUGCGCAGGUCACUGGAAGCUGCCCCAAGUACCACAGGGGCAGUCAGAGGAAGAGGCUGCGGAUGAGGAGGAUCAGAGCCUCGACAUCUGGAUUGGAGAUCCAGGAAACACCCUCGAAACUGUGCCGAAGGAGUACAAGGUAAGAAGGCAGCAGAGACAGGAAAUGAAAGAGGAGAUGAACCAAGUUCUCAACAACUGGCUCAGGAAGCAUGGCUUUUCCAGAGAUGUCACUGAGCCAAGAACACCAAAAGGCUGUCUCUUCUGGAAGGAAGAGACAUUCUGGCCCAUCCAUGUUGCUGCCAGACUGGGGGAUGCCGAAAUUGUUCGUUUGUUGCUGGCUGCUGGAGCGGAGCCGAAGCAGCGCACAUCGAAAGGACGUACGGCUACAGACCUAGCGCUCGAGGCGGAUUUCUUCGGUUCGCACCGGGCAGUCUUUCAGACCAUGGAGCUGCAAGUGAAAACCAUGGGCCUCCGGGAGGCAAUCCGGCAGAUGGAGGGCUGA